AGAUUUUGAUGAAAUGAGCAAUGAGGAGGACAUUGAUGAGGAUGAGUUUAAUGUACAAUCGAAGCCCCCUCCUAAGAGGCCUGCUGCCACUGCUACCUCCGGCUCCAAGUUCCAACUUAAGAAGCCAAAGACCAAAGGGCCUAUGGAUGCUUAUAUCACCCCUGACCCAGAGAUCGAGGUAGAGAAUAGGAGAAGUGGUAAACAACCUAAAGUUGACGAUAAUACACCACAAAAGAAGUUAUUGAAAGAGCGGGCUCAUCAAGCUAUUGCGAGGUGGAUUUACGAUGCUGGAAUACCUCUUAAUGUUGUCAAUGUGGAGUCCUUUGAACCGAUAAUUGAGGCUAUUGGGCAAUAUGACCCUGGUUUAACACCGCCGACUUAUUAUCAAGUGCGUGUCCCUCUUCUUAAAAAAGAGGUGGAAAAUGUGAACAAACAAAUGGAGGACCACAAGAAGGAGAGAGAGGAAAAUGGAUGCACUCUUAUGUGUGAUGGAUGGACGGAUCGAAAGAAUAGGUCAUUGAUAAAUUUUUUGGUUAACUGUCCUAAAGGUAGCAUGUUUAUUGAAUCGGUUGAUGCAUCGAGUCGUUCCACAACUGGGGACAGCAUGUAUAGGUUGCUUGACGAGUAUGUGGAGUGAAUCGGAGAAGCUAAUGUGGUCCAAGUUGUCACAGAUAGUGCCGCAUACAAUAAGAUGGCAGGGAAGUUGUUAAUGGCAAAAAGACCACAUUUGUAUUGGACUCCAUGUGCUGCCCAUUGUUUGGAUUUAAUGUUAGAAGACAUUUUCAAGUUGCCAUUUUUGAAGAGGACAUGGGAAAGGGCGAUCAAGGUACACGGUUAUAUCUAUAACCGUCCGACAUUGUUGAACAUGAUGAGACACUUUACCCAAAGAAAAGAGUUGAUUAAGCCAGCAAAGACUCGUUUUGUAAUAGCUUGUUUGACUUUACAAAGGGUUCAUCAACAAAAGAAUAACCUAAGAAAGAUGUUCACAUCAGAGGCUUGGAGUAAAAGCAAGUGGGCAAAGGAGGCGGAUGGUAAAAAGGUAGCAGAAAUAAUGUUAUCGCCAUCAUUUUGGAACAAUGUCUUGCUGGCCCUAAGAUUUGCAUGUCCUCUUGUUAAAGUACUUCGUUUGGUUGAUGGUGAAGAAAAACCCGCAAUGGGAUACAUCUACGAGGCCAUGGAUAGGGCUAAAGAAACUAUUAUAAACACGUUUGGCGGAGACGAAGACAAGUAUAAAACUAUGUUUGAAAUCAUUGAUGCGAGGUGGGAAGUGCAAUUGCAUCAACCUUUGCAUGCAGCAGGCUACUAUUUGAACCCUGCAUUUUUUUACAAGGAUGGUGCAAGGAUGAAAGCUGAUAAAGAGGUAUGGAAGGGUUUGGUGGAUUGUAUUGAAAGACUGGUACCAAUUGAGAGGAUGCAAGAUGAAAUUCUUCAUCAGAUAGCAUUAUAUGAGGAGGAGGAGGGAAUCUUCAAAAAGGACAUGGCAAUUAGGCAAAGAGUUACAAGGUCACCAGUUGAGUGGUGGAAGUUAUUUGGUCGUGAAACUCCUGAAUUGCAAAAAUUUGCCAUCAAGAUCCUUAGCCUUACUUGCAGUUCAUCCGGAUGCGAGAGAAAUUGGAGUGUGUUCGAACAUCUUCACACCAAAAAAAGAAAUAAGCUAGAUCAAAAGCGCCUCAACGACUUGGUGUUUGUUAAGUACAAUAGAGCAUUGAGGCGUCGAUAUAUGAACCGCGGCAAAUGUAACCUACCAGCAACUAAAUUCGCGAUAAUAACAAAUCAUGCGAUAAAGCUAAACACGGAGGUGAGCUCGGACUACCUCGCGCGUCGGCGAAACGAUUUCGGAGUUCGGUACGUGGCGGCGGAGCUACGGGAUGAUGGUGACCCGGCUGGUGGAGGUGGGUCCGAUGGGGGUGGUGGCUGCUACGGAGAAGGAGGAGCCGAAGGAGGUGGUGGUUCGCGGCUGGACGGAGGAGGUGCAGGCCGAAGGUGGUGGUUAGCAUGGGUGGCGUCCGGUUACCACGGAGAGGAGGAGAAGGAGUUUCCGCUGGUGAUGUACGGCUGGAGAUGGAGAUGGUGA